AUGGAUAGAAGUAUGAUUGAUACAGUAACUGGUGGAGCUUUGGUAGACAAGACACCUGAAGAAGCCAAGCAAUUGAUUUCAAACAUGGCUGAAAAUUCUCAGCAAUUUGGUACAAGAGCUGAUGGAGCUACUAGGCGAGUUAAUGAGGCAAGCACUAAAAAUAUUGAAAAUCAAAUUUCUAAUUUAACUACUUUGGUUUGUCAAAUGGCUGUAGGGCAAUUGCAAAUGGCAAAAAUUAGUGGAAUAUGCUCAGUUCAAGGACAUCCCAUUGAUAUGUGCCCAACAUUGCAACAAGACUUGAUGCAAGAGGCUAAUGCUUUAGGCGGGUUUACUGGUCAAUCUCAAAGGAAGUAUGACCCCUUUUCCAAUCAAUAUAAUCCUGGAUGGAGAGAUCAUCUGAAUUUGAGCUAUGGAAACCAAGGAGGACAACAAAAUUAUCCUUCCCAGAAUUUCAUUAGACCACCUCAAGAAACAAGGUCAAGCAUUCAGAAUUUAGGCAAUCAAAUUACUCAAUUGGCUACGUCGAUUAGUAAAUUAGAGGCUCAAAAUUCUAGAAAACUACCUUCACAACUAGAGAUAAACCAAAAGGAGAAUGUUAGUGUAAUUUUUUUAGGAAGUGGAAAGGAGAUUCCUUCAGGGUCGAUUCCACUUAAGAAAAGUGAACCGAGCAAGGAAAAGGAAGAAGAAGCUUCCUCUAAAGCAUCACAUGGGAUAAAAUUCGAUCCUUCUCUAUCUCUUUCAUCUCGCACUCCAUUGCCUCCUUUUCCUAGUAGAUUAGCUAAGCCAAAAGAAGAUGAGUAA